CUGCGAAGUACUAGUUUCUUGAGAUUCUACUGUAAACAAACAGACUUAAACAAAAAACCAACAUAAUUUUGUUGAGUAAUUAAAUUCUCUGUUCCUUCUGCGUAGCUUGUAUCAGCAACUGAUUUGAUUGCUAAUCACAGAUUUUGUUUUUUUCUUUAUUUUUUUCUUCUUUUUUGGAGGCUUACCGUUUGACGGAUUCCACUUAGGCCAAAAUCGUAAUUGUGUGUUAUUUUAAAUAUAAUGUCGUUUCCAUUUGUUUCUGAUUUUCCAAGAGACCCUUUAGAAUACGAAUGUGUAGAGGAAGAUAUGCCCAUGGGAUCCUCUACACCUACUAAAUUGCAAUCAGGAAAUGGUUCUUUACGAGGAUUCAAUGACUCUCAUCAACAGCGUCUUCAAGAGGCACUCUUUGAGUUGAAUCAAGAAUCCAUGCAUUCCAUUCAUUUAAGCAUAGACGAGUCUAUAUCCGAAAAUAACAAUAUCCUGAAUGAUAAAGAAUUCCAACGUCCUGCCUCUUCUUCUCUUUCACAAAAAGAUGCUCCCGCGGGAAGUCCCUCCAAAACAAAAACCCCCAUGAGCAGCUGCUUUGAGGAAUGGCUUCCAUCAUCUAAAUACAAAUAUUCGAGUCCAACAAAAAGUCCAACUAGAUUCCUUGCUCCCACAUCUCCCUCGAAGAGAGGUAUUCCCUUAAUGGCAAUUAAUGCGAAUCAAAUAACUCCUAAAAAUCACAACCAUCAUGAAAAAUCCAAUUUUGAAAAUCUUUCGUUACCAAGAUCUAUAGACCGAACAUUUAAUAGCUUUCGCACGCCGUCUCGUCCGGGAUUACCAAAAGAUUCACCUUCCCCUUCUAAAAGUUCCAUCAAACAAGAAUUACCCAAAAAGAAUGAUGGAGCUUGCUGGAGCAACCAACCAUCCGUUAAAAAUUCUAUUCAAGGAGAACCCAUAUCCAGAGAGGAUGCCGCAUCGGAAACUGGGCUGUCUUUCAAUGCUUCUCCGUUUAGAAGUUUCAUGGAGACUACCCUGGAGGAAAGUUUAGCACACGAUGAUGCGACAUGCCCUCAUCUUGUCAGAUUAGAGAAACUACGUGAGCUACUUUCGUUCGUUCAGUUAGAGUUGCAAUGUUAUGUUGACCCGUACAAGAAAGAACUUCGAGAAGCCAAAGAACAUAUGGCUUUAAAAGACCAGGAAUUGGAAAUUUUACGAACUAAACUAAAAAAUGCCGGUCUAUCUUGAUUCCUAUAGAUACAUUGUUACGCGGGCUCAACGAUCUUUUCUAAAUUUUGUACUUUUUCUUUAUGUUGAUUAUAUAAUCUUUGCUCAUCCUUUUUAAUAAUUUCUAUUUAAUUUCUAUUAAGAUUCUCAAAAUAGCGUUUACGCAAGGGAUUUUUCUACUAGCUUUUUUUUGUAUGAAAGAGGCAACUGAAGAACAAUCUGAAAGAAAAAAUUCUGUAUCAUUAUUUAGUUGGGGGUGUUUGCAAAUCGAAAAAUUAGUGCUGAACUUGAAACUUUUUGUCUCAAAUCAUGGUGAUCCAUUUCAUGUACUAUAUUAUGUUAAUAAGCCAGUCAAGUAAAGGAUAGUUAAUUAGAACAUACCAUCUUCUAAAGUACCCC